AUGGAAAUACCUUCCAGCGACUCGAAAGGCAAGUGUUUAUGUGAGGAAACAUUUACUAAUGAUCUUUUAAAACGGUUGCUAUGGGUAUGUGACAAGCACAUCAAGUCUUCCGCCACCAGUAAACGACGGCGUCUCCACUCGAUCAUACACAAUGGAGAAAAGCACAAAGAAUCCAUAGAAUCAUCCCUAGCGUCUGGAAUACUCUCUGAUGUGUUCUCAGAUUUCGCUCGUUGCUUACAAAAUGGCACGAGUUUGUACAACACAUUUGAUCUUUUGGCAAAAUCAUCAAAGUUGGCAAGGGAUAAGCAAAAUGGAGUGCUUUACUGUAUGUGGAAUAGACUGCCAAAGAAAAGGCACAAAAAUAUCCAUUACAAGUUGUUAUCCCGCCGUCUAGAUCCGUGCUACCAACGGAACACAGACACUUUGAGAGAUGAAUUUUUGAUGGCGUGUAAAACCUUUAAGAGGUGCAUAAAUGUUUGGGGACAUCACAAAUGUCUUGGUGAAAUUGAUACUACAAAGUCAUACAAUGAACCUCCACAGGUUCACGUUAUAAAGUUUGAUAAACUUGGAGACAUUAUAAUAACAGGUGGUGACGAAGGAAUAAUAAAACUAUGGCACACAUUUAACUGUAAACUCAUUAUGAGUUUGAAGAAGCAUUCUGGAGGGAUUACAUCAAUUGAUGUUCAUACAACAAAUUCUUUUAUCAUUUCAUCAUGUGAUGGAGGGGAAAUUUGGCUCUGGGAGAUUAAUGGCAAUUUUUAUAGACCUCACAAGGUCAUUAAAAGUAACUUUAAAAUUUUAUGGGUUAGGUUUGUGACAAGUAUAACGUCAAGUGAACGAGAUGUGCAUACACAUGAAAAAAAUUGGAAUGACAUAAUUAAAAAUACACGUGUAAUAUCAGUUGAUGCGAAUAGUAAUUUGAAAAUCUAUCUCAUGGAAGACCUCAUUUCUUCUUCGUCUGGCGAUAAUAUCUAUAAGACUGUAAAUCCUAUUUACAAGAUUGAUUUGUUUAAUCACAAUAUCAAUUCCUACGAUGUAAGCAAAGUGUGCCUUCCAGAUGGAUCCCAUUUUAUAGCCUUAGGAAUAGACUCUUUAAAUUCCAACCCUGAUCCAGACGGUGGAAACUUUAACGCUGAAAAUGAUGUUGCGUCCGCUUUGAGUAUAAUAAAUGACGCGAAUUGUUACGGAAAUAUUCAGCAGCCCUGCAAGAGUUCGGUUGGACUCUACAAUAAGCUCACGGAUCUCUCCGGAUUUUGUUUAUUCAAAACAUCAGAUUCUAUAGAUAAGCAGGAAUUGGUGGAAACAGUUUCUGUACCAAACAAAAACGACAAAGAGAUUCUGUCAAAUUCUGAUGAAGAACCCGUUUUGGAGGAUAAGAUUCUUAAGGAGAAUCUGUGCCAGUGUGAUGCCGAUUUGGAAGGGAGCGUGAAUUACUCCAACAUAUGUGUCUUAUGUGAUAGGGCAAAAAGUGCAAAGACACAAAAUAAAUUCAAAUGUGGCACCGGAAAGAUCCUUGAUACAGAUGAUAUAAAAGAUGGAACAGAGAAGUUUCAACAAGAAAAACACGCAAAUCCAACGUUUAAUUGGUAUAAUGAAAACUGCAGUUUUUUUGAAAAAUAUUUGAGGGGUGUAAUAGAACCUAUACCUCACAUUGCAAGUACUGUUGAACGUCCGGAAUACUUGAAUAUAACUGGCCUUAACAUUCCUAUUGGCAGGCUUACUAGCACAGUAGUCAUGUCACACGGUGAAAUAUCUAUUGAACACUUUCAAGAGGCUGAUCCCGGGGAUUUUGACCCCCUGAUAGUGAGCUACGUAACAGAUUCUCACGAAUCAAGUCCUGAUGUUUGCUUUUCUAAUCACUCAAUGAACCAUGUUACCGCAUCUGAUGAUGGUAAAAUAUUUUUAUGGAUAUGGGAUGAUAAUUCACAUUCAUUCAACAAGGUUAGAUUGAUAACCAAGACUCUGGAUAAGUGGAUUGGUGGUAAAACUGAUAAACAACCCGAGUAUAUUAGUGAACGUGAUACCGAUCUUUUUGAUGAAGAGUUGAGCACUCCAAAUGCUAGAUAUAAUAGGCAUGGAGAUGAUACAGUGCAAACGGAAUUUGUAAUUGAUGUUGCAUUUGCUACGAAUCAAGUACCAAAGUCUCAAGUUUCGCUGUUUUCACCUGAUGUAGAGACUGUACCAAAUUCCCCAAAUGUAUAUAAUAAUACUGAAAAUAAUUCCCCGUUGUCAUCGAAGAGGGGUUCAACUAAAACAAGUAAUGUUGAACAAUCUACUGUUAAAGGGUCUUUAAGAGAAAACGGGCAUUUGUAUGUUAUGAUGAAUAUAACCUGGUCAAAACAGGAUACAUAUUUGUGUAUAGCCGAUAGCGUAGUUAGCAAGAGCAAUAUAAAGAAGAUGAUAACUAAUGCUAGGACAAUUGUUUCUGGAGUAUCUAUAUUCGAUAACAAUGGUGGUCAUAUUUGUGAUAUAUUACACAAGGAAAUUACACAUCACAUUUCUUGCGUAUCACCACAUCCUGUAUUUGAAGAUUUUCUACUUGUUGCUACUUAUGAUGGGAAUAUCUUUAUUUUGAGUAUCUCAAAUUGUGCCGUUGUCAGGAAGAUAUCAUGUGGAUCUCACGCUGUUUGGUUGGAUAUAGAAUGGCAUCCCCAGGGGCACAUUUUCGCUGCUUCCCAAAAAUUUGGAUGUUUUUCUCUCUUUUCGAUAUAUGGAGACAACACUUAUGGAAAAACUCAAAAUUUUCAGUGCGGAUAUAACGAGUUCUACUGUAAUAUUCAAUCGUUUUCUUCAAAUGCAUAUAGUGGACCUGAACUUCCGAAUAUUCAGCUCCGUAAAUAUUAUUACGGAUUUUCUUCCGCUCCUCCUCUAACUAUGGAAGGUAUUUCCACAUCAUCAAGUAUACACUGUUGGGGAGUGCCACCCCCGCAAAUUAUUUUAGACGAGUUCAACAAUCCAGUUGAGGUACCUGCUCCAGCACCAUCCACCAUGCAAGUUAAAGAUGGAUUUGCUCACUCAUCGCAACUAAUAAAUGCCAUCUCUAGGCUCCCAUUUCCCAUAUCUAUUGGUGAAUUUAUCAAGAGUCAUAUUGAACUAUAUUCGAAGGAUGAUUUACCUUCACUUUUGAAGAAGUUUCUAUCUUUCUAUUCAUUGGAUACAACUGAUGCGCGCUUAGAGGGUGAUGAAAAAACUAUCAGAAAGCAUCGUAUUGCAUGUCCUUUUGGUGGUAUUGAUUGUAUUAUAUGUGGGUAUAUCGAAAAUCACGCUGAAAGAUCUAACAGAUACGCAUCUCUUAAAGAUUCAGCAUUGCACAUAAAAUCUAUUCUGAACGAUAAUGGAGAUAUAGUGACAGCAUUACCACUAUCAGCUAGACCAGCACAUUUAGUUGCGCUACAAAUGCCACUAAUUAUUCCCACAGUUGUGGAAGACCCCGUACCUCAUGUUAGUGAAGUACCAUGUCCGACAACCGUACAAGAACCAGAAGAGGUUACAGUUGAUACAGACUCGAAUGAGGAGAGAUCAGAAGAUGAUGCAUAUGAGGACACUGUUGAGGAACAGGUACAGGACGAUCAACCAGAGGAGAAUAAAACAUCAAACUAUUCUUUCAGAGCUAAACGGGGAAGUUUGGAUUACAAGAGGGAUCGUGAAUUAGAAUUGGCUAAACAAUUGGGAAGUAGGAUUGGACCGAUAGAUUUGUCUAAAAUGCCUGUGUCAGAUAUAUCGCAAGAUGUUAGUUCAGAACAUUUUUGCUUAUUGUGUGGCUUAGGGACUUCGGAAUAUUCCCACGGCGUAAUGAGUAGGUUGCAAACUCUUAAACUAACUCAAACACUUUUCAAGCACGACAAUUCAUUACACCCAGGUGGAUCAAAGCUUUCUAGAAAUUUGUUUCUGGGCCCAGUAAAUAUCGCAAAACGGUUUAUAAAUCAACUCUUGGAAUUUUCAUCUGUUUCUAGGCGAGUUGAAUCUUUAAGAAGCGAAAGCCUGAUAUUUGUGCAUACCUCUUGCCUUGCAAGUUCAUCUCUCAUGAAACUUGAUUCAUCAAAAAAACGGAUUAUAAAUCUUCCAGAAGUUGUAGUGAAGGCUUCCCAGGAAACUUGUUCUUUCUGCAACUCAGAUUUUGCUACAGUUUACUGUUCUGGUGAAUGUGGAGCUGUUUAUCAUUAUCCAUGUGCUGUGGCACUGUACAAGUCACAGCUAGGAUCCAGUAGUGGAAAGUAUGAAAACAUAUUCAGGGAUGUUAUACACAUUCCAGAUCCUCUAACAUGUGACGAAUUUUUGUGUUUAGAUUGUUUAAGGGACAAAUCUUAUGAUUCAGAUGCAUUUUCCAACUAUUUAACUGGAAAGUCUUUUGCCAAUUCCACGCCACGUGAUUGGUUAUCUAUAACCAAGGACUCUAUAGACGUUGAUUAUGUACCACAGAUCGGAGAUUUGGUUGUUCUUAUGCCGUCCUCGUUUUAUGGGUCAGCUAUAAACAUUGGGAAUCUCUGGAAGUUUUCGUCAGACACGGCUGUGCUACUAAAAAUCAAGGAUAUAGACUAUAGAUUUAUAGGUCCGCUUGAGGGAAGAUCUUUUGUAUCUGCAGUUUUGUUAAUGGAAAAGUUCCCUCCAGUGGAUGAAGACUGUCCAGAUAUUACAGUGUAUUAUACUCCAGGGUUCCCAAUUGUAUUAUUGAGGGAUGUUCUAUUGGGUGUUAGAAGACUUUUGGGACUAAAUGUCGGUGAUUCAAUAUCAGUUCGUCUUAACGGAACUUGGAAACAAGCCAAAAUAAAGAACAUUAGGGUUCCAGAGACUGUUGGUCAUGAUUCAAGGUUUACUUUGGAAGAUGUUGAUUUAGAAUCACUAGAAACCAUUGUGAAACUUUCAUCGGUAAUGGGAACGAAUGCAGUGCAGAUUGAGCCCCUACCAGAUUUUAACCAACAGUGGAUUUCUGCUUGGGAUGUCUUUGUUGAAGACGAACAAGAAUUAGGGUUGAUCAAGAACAUUUCAGAAUGUGUACUUCCCAAGGAAGAUUUGCAGGUGCUUAUUAACAUCACAUUGGACGAAAAAUUUGCACCCUUUUUCACAAUUGAGGAGUAUAGGGAACAAGUAAUAGAAACAAGUGAAGAUGAACAAGAGGACUGGAUAAAAAUCUAUUGGAUGACUAUUUCCAGACCUAUAGGUCUAGAUGAGAUCAGGGAACGAGUACUAAAUGGGUACUAUAGAAGAUGUGAAAGCUUAUAUCAUGAUAUGAAACUCGUUGUUAACAACUGUGAGGAGUUUAAUGUCUCAACUUCUGACAUUGUUAAGCUCGCGAACGAGUUUAGCGAACAAAUUGAUACCAUUAGAUACACACAAGAGGAUGAAUAUAAAACGAUCAUUAAACAUUUAUGGCCAGAAAUAUCCCACUUGUAUGGCAAUACUCCGCCAUCAACGCAAAAACCAGUGGACAAGGUCAAGGUACAGUACAAGGACGAUGAGUUUACCGAGAAUACACGAAAAAGGCACAGCUCGGAAAUCUAUGAAAACACCCGCAGGAGCCAACGACUACUCACAAUUGCCAAGAAGCAAGAAAUAGAGGCACAAGAAAGUGGAGCCAACAGUCGCGCGCGCAAGACAAGAUACAAUUUGAGGUCUUAA